GGUACGGGCGCCCACCGGCAGGUCAGAGUUCGUCGCCGAGGUUUCGAGUCUCGCACCGACGACUGCUGCCUGUGCAUCAGCGGCUCCCGGGCCAAAUUUUCGCGCACAUUCCUUUGCUUGGUGAAUUUUGUCAUUGCGAUCUGAUUCAACAUGAGCCAACCAAGUGAUCGCGAAGGCGCUAUUGAGCAGAAAUUUUUCGUUUCAAAGUAUGCAGCUGGAUACUAAAAUUUGUGCUAAGCAAGUGGAUUUUCGCUUCUCGUGUUUCGGCCUCAACACAACCGCCACAACAUGAAGAUGAAAUCUAAGAGAAAUGCCCAGCAACCAAAAACGACGGCGCGGAGUUGGGUGGAAGCCAACUUUCAGAAACGAGAGUGCAUCAAGUUCAUCCCGACCAAGGCCGACGAGCACCGGUGCUGCUGCGGCUUGUCUCUCACGUCUCACCUUACGAGCAACAAGGCGCCCGAGCCCAGUGACAAGAGCAAAACAACUCCGCCACCGAAACCUGGCGAAGAGCUCGUGUGGUUGCCCACCAGGCACACGCAAGCCAAGCCAUGUGACGCGUAUGGCACCAUCGAGUUCCAGGGAGGACCGCACCCCAGCAAAGCACAGUACGUUCGGCUGGCGUAUGACACAAGACCAGACCUCAUUCUUCAGCUGUUCACCAGGGAGUGGGGCCUCGAGCUGCCCAAGCUGCUGCUCACCAUCCAGGGUGGUAAGGCCAACUUUGAGCUGCAGGCCAAGUUGAAGAAGGUGUUGCGCAAGGGGCUGCUCAAGGCGGCCAAAACAACUGGAGCGUGGAUUUUCACUGGCGGAACCAACACAGGAGUAACUCGCCAGGUGGGCGACGCCCUGCUGAUGGAAAGGUCUCAGCGCAGCGGCCGGGUGGUCAGCAUUGGCAUUGCGCCGUGGGGCAUCGUCGAGAACAACAGCGAGCUGGUCGGCAAGAACAGGGACGUCCCCUACCAUUCCAUCUCUUCCCCGAGGUCCAAGUUUGCCGUGCUAAACAAUCGGCACGCGUACUUCCUGCUCGUCGACAACGGCACCGCUGGUCGUUACGGCGCUGAAAUCCACCUGCGGCGCCGCCUUGAGAAAUACAUCUCGGCGCAAAAUCUGCACCCCUCAAGACCCUCUUCUCCUCCUGACGAAGGCACCCACUGCAGCAUCCCCGUCGUCUGCCUGGUCAUCGAGGGCGGCACCAACACCAUCAGAGCGGUGCUCGAGUACGUCACCGACGACCCACCAGUUCCUGUGGUUGUGUGUGAUGGUUCUGGAAGGGCGGCAGAUCUUCUCGCAUUCACGCACAAAUACGCGUCGGAAACCGGGGAGCAGACUGUGCUGGAAAGCAUGAAGGAUUACCUGAUUAGCAUGAUUCAGCGCACUUUUGACUCGGGAAUAGAGCAGGCGGAGCAGCUUUACACAGAACUACUGCAGUGCACCAGAAAGAAAAACCUGAUCACCGUGUUCCGCAUCACGGACAGACCAGAUGAGAAAAUGCAAGAACUGGACCAAACGAUUCUGACAGCUCUGUUCAAAAGUCAGCACCUUUCACCCUCUGAGCAGCUGAGUUUAGCACUGACGUGGAACCGAGUUGACAUUGCACGCUCGGAGAUCUUUGUGUACGGCCAGGAGUGGCCUAGUGGUGCACUCGAGGAGGCCAUGAUGCAGGCUCUCGAGCAUGACAGAAUUGACUUUGUCAAAUUGCUGCUCGAAAAUGGCGUCAGCAUGAAGAAGUUUCUCACCAUUCCUAGGCUGGAAGAGCUGUAUAAUACAAAGCAAGGACCAAGCAACACUUUGGGUUACAUUUUAAGAGACUGCAGACCACACAUACCUCGGGGUUAUCAAUACACCCUCCACGAUAUUGGCCUAGUCAUUAACAAAUUGAUGGGAGGUGCUUAUAGGACUGAUUACACGAGGAGAAAGUUUCGUGUGAUCUACGCCAAAGUUAUGAAGCGCUCGCAACACGUUCACCGCAACAGCGCCUCGUUCAUGCGCUACUACGGCAACGCCAAUGUUACCCUGAGCUUACUUACUGAUGUGAUGCCCUUCAAUGAAAAAGAUAUGCCUCCCAUUUUUGACUAUCCGUUCAACGAGCUGCUGAUUUGGGCUGUCCUGACUAAGCGGCAGCAAAUGGCCCUCCUCAUGUGGCAGCAUGGGGAGGAGGCUUUAGCAAAGUCCCUUGUGGCCUGCAAAUUGUACAAAGCCAUGGCCCACGAGGCGGCCGAAGAUGAUCUCGAGACUGAAAUUUAUGAGGAGUUGCGCAAUUAUGGCAAAGAGUUUGAAAAUAUCUCUUUAGACUUGGUUGAUUUCUGUUACCGGCAAGAUGAUGAUCAAACCCAGCAGAUGCUAACUUGUGAGCUGCAGAACUGGAGUGGCCAGACUUGUCUCAGUCUGGCAGUAGCUGCAAAUCACAGGCCAUUAAUUGCCCAUCCCUGCAGCCAAAUUAUCUUGGCUGAUCUGUGGAUGGGUGGCUUACGAACAAGAAAAAAUACCAAUAUGAAGGUGUUUUUUGGUCUCAUCUUCCCAGCAUAUAUCAGUAGGUUAGAAUUUAAGACAAAAGAGGAGCUGCAACACAUGCCGCAGACCGAAGAGGAGCACAACACCACUAACAAAGACGAGAGUUUGACUGAGAAAAGCGCCGAUCCCGAACUCAACAGGACUGACGGCCACGAAGUUGAGAAAUGGCCAAGAAUUUUAAGCAUCAAGUCCUCAAAGACGUCAAAUCCAUUGGGGGUCAAGGUUCUUAUCGCAAAUAAUGCAAAUGUGCAGGAGAAUGGCAAAUUGAAGGACGAAGACAGUAUCUGCAGCGAGCACUCUCCACCGCCGCUGGAGUUCUUUGACAUAAAAACCCACAGACCACUUCGGCUCAGCAAAAAACUCGAGGAGUUCUACACGGCCCCAAUCACCAAGUUUUGGGCCCACUCAAUUGCCUACACGGUUUUCCUAGUUUUCUACAGUUACGUAAUUCUAGUUGAGAUGCAAAGUGUUCCAUCGUGGACUGAAAUGUACAUCAUCACAUACAUCUGCACUUUUGGCUUAGAAAAAGUUAGAGAAAUAGCUUCUUCCGAGCCUGUGGGCCUGCGGCAAAAGUUAGCAGUUUGGUCGUGGAACCUUUGGAACCCGAUGGAUGCUGCAGUCAUAACAAUUUUCCUCAUUGGUCUCAUGCUCCGACUGCAAUCGGAAACAAUGAUGGGUGGACGAGCCAUUUACUGUGUCUGUGUUGUUUACUGGUACCUCAAGAUCCUGACCUACGUAGGCGUCAACAAGUACCUCGGACCGCUUGUAACAAUGAUGGGCAAAAUGGUCAUCAACAUGAUCUACUUUGUGGUGUUAUUACUUGUGGUGCUCAUGUCGUUCGGAGUAGCUAGACAGGGCAUCCUCUACCCACACAACGAGUCAGGCUGGCACCUUUUAAAAGAUGUCGUUUUUCAACCUUAUUUCAUGUUGUAUGGUGAAGUGUUUGCUGAUGACAUUGACCCACCCUGUGGAGGAGAAGGCCAAAUGGCCUGCGUAACUGCAAAGUGGAUUUCUCCAAUUAUCAUGUCCAUCUACUUGUUGGUGGCAAACAUCUUACUCAUCAACCUGCUCAUCGCAGUAUUCAACAACAUUUUCAACGAGGUCAACGCCAACUCACAUCAAGUUUGGAUGUUCCAAAGGUUCACUGUUGUGAUGGAGUAUGAGCAAAAGCCUGUCUUGCCACCACCAUUCAUAUUCAUCAGUCACAUCUACCUCUUGAUUGAAUUCUGUCGGAGGAAAUAUAAAGGUGAGGAAGACUCGUAUGACAAUGGGCUGAAGCUCUUUCUUGAUGACGAGGAUAUGGAGAGACUCUACGAUUUUGAGGAGGAGUGUGUAGAGGGAUACUUCAGGGAAAAAGAGACAAAACUUCAGCUUUCGACUGACGAGAGAAUUAAAACAACCACCGAAAGAGUGGAGAAUAUGUAUCAAAAAAUCGAGGACAUCAACCAAAAAGAAAACAGUCAAAACACGUCGAUCCAAAGUAUGGAGUUUCGUUUGCGUAAUUUGGAGAGUAUGGGUGAAAAGACAGCGUCCCAUUUGGCAGUAAUCCACAGGUUCAUGGCAACACACACAGGAAGCGACUUAAUCAUACCAGACGGAGACCCAAAGGGAUCCGACGAGAAGUUUAAGAGAAUAAUUGAACUCCAUCCAGAGCCCGUAGACACAUUUAGUGACAAAUUCCUGCACCCAAGCAGGGACUACUUGGUACGGCGCCGGCCAACGAGAUCGAUGACUGAAAUCAGGCCAGACUCGUACCUCAGCGAGUCAGGCAGUGUUUUCUUCAGAAAUACUGAGGAGUCCAGGAAUGUCAGCGAGCCAUUGAAAGAAGAGGAUUCAGCUUCGCUUCACGAAGAUGCUGACAAGCCCACGUUGUCCCGGUCGAGCAGCAGGAGAAGUCCGACCAGACUUUCUGCUGCUGGCAGACAUGAAAGCACAUCAAUAGCCUCCCUUACCGAAGCUACUGACAUGGAUGGCAACAUCUUGAGACAUCAGCAUUCAGACGACAGAGAGUCUCUGCCCAUAGAACUGACAGUUCCUCAAAUGGAAUCCAGGAUGCCAAGAGGAGACUCUUGGAGGAGAAGCAGCGGCACCGAGGAAGAAAGUGGAACUCUAACCACAUCCCAUCCAAGUCUGCCAAGACGGCAGCUCAGCCAGACGCAAUCUGAACCAGACACAGAAAUUCGACCUGGACCAAGCAGUAGGCCUCCAAGAGUGGAGAGGAGUAUUUCGGUGGCUGCUAAGGUGACUUGGGCCGAGCCAAAAAUUCAAGUUAUUCCGCCCACACCUCGAGGGGCCAUGCUAAGGGCCAUGCACUCAGAAUACACAAGCAUCACAGACGAGCUGGAGUCUGUGUGUGGCCUACUUUCACCUCCCAGAACCCCUCGGCUGCUUAGUCCACCUCGACCGGAGGCAGCAACGGGAGCGUCUGCAAGGCCCCGGCAUCACUUGGAAAUCUGCAACCCGGAGAUGGCCAAGCAGAUGGAGAAGGAAACUCUCCGCGACGCUGAGGAGAACGACUAUCUACUGAUGGAGGGGCUCAUUCAAAACAGGCUGCGGGGCGCUGCUGCUGGAAUGUUCUCCACUGUGAUUGACGACGAGGACGAAGAAGUGGAGACUUUGGCGCCCUUACCUAGAAGGGAGUCGUCUCGAGGAGCAUUCCAAAGCAGCGGUGGCUUCUCGAGCAACUUCCUGACGGUGAGCAAUGAGAUGCCGGAGUACCGGUGUCCUCGGCUGCGCCGGUCGAGCGCCGUAGACGAGCCGCACCUGCAAGUGUCCUACAGCGAGCCCGCCUACGGGCCCAUGUGUCCGUCCAUCUUCUGCACGGACACCGACGCGACGCGGCCGCACCGCCGCCAACCGGGCAGCCCCCGUGGUAGCCAAAACAGUCUGCUCAACGUAGUCACCGAGACCAAAAUCUAAGAAGUAAAACGCAGGCAAGUGCGCGCGGAAUGUGAUUUAUCAACACGGAAACAACUUAAUAAAAUUCCCCCUGGUCUUUCCCGCCGAUAAUUUUGCAUUAAAUGAGAUAAUACGGAGUAGUUGUGAAAAAUUGAGCAUCAAUUAAUUAUAGUGUGUAUGUGUGUUUUGCAUUUUGCACUUAUUAUUGAGGCACACACACGUUCAUUUUCUAAAAUCAAUUGACAAGAAAAGAUAAUUAUCUCAUUCGCCUGAGCACAUAAUCAAUUUUAACACGUAAUUAAUUAUAUAAAUAACAUAUAAUAUGAGAGCUGUGCAGUGUUUAAUAUCCCCGAUAUUUUGUCUCUUGGUUCAUAUUCUCAAUUCGAAUUAACCGGUGCCCCCGUUCACAGACGACUUUGCACAACUUCAAAUCUGCUCUAUUUUUCUAUCUAUGGCCACUUGCAACUAGCGCAUAAGUCUAUAAUCUCAUCUCUCGUCUUCUACACACACUGUGAUCGAUACAUAUAUUUUAAACACCUGUUGCUAAGACCCUGCUCUCUCUCUCAAGUGAAAAUUAAGUGGAGCUAUAAAAUCACGCGGCAUUUAUUAACAGAUUGUUAAAAAUAUACUUGAAUAGAUGACCAUUUUCUUGGUUGUAAUCUUAUAGACUGCACUUGUACUGGAUAAGCCUUGGAGAACUUUUGUGUCUCCUCUGUGCUAAUUAAUAUUUGACUUAAUUAUUUAUAAGUUCCUUGGUUUUUCAGGGAUUUUUCUAUUUAAUGGGAAAAAAGUUUAAUUAUUGUUGUCUCUAUGGGCAUAUAUUUUAAUAACCUUACCCGGUUUGACAGUCUAGUUCUGAAUAAAACCGAGUCUCGUCCCCGUUUUACUGUUCCUCUAAUAAUUUUAAAAGCAAUAACCUUGCAUUUGUUCACCAAUUAGAGAGUAAGAAAUAAAUUGCCUAUUUGGUUACCAAACCAGUUAUAAAAAGUUUAACACUAUUCAUAAUGUAUAAAAGUAAGGAAACAGCGUGAAGUGGGAACAAUUUAAAAACUUUGAUCACCGUCUACUUUCUAAAAGAAUUUAUAUUGCACGAAAAAUUCGUUGGAUUUAAAAGAAAAUUGCGGAAUUAUGAAUUUAAAAUUGUAACUCUCUUAUGCUUUAUUAGAAUUUGUUUGAAGAAGUGGACACUCGAGAAGAUGAUCAUGGAAAUGAAGAAAAUCAGGCAUGUCCUCGUUGCAAAAUUUUUUUUUGCAAACUUUUUUGCAACGAGGACAAGCCCGAUUUUCUUAAUCUUUAUUACGAUUAUUGAAAUUUAAUUGUUCCUAAAUUUGCGACUUCUGAUGGAAAUUGCUGAAAUUUUCCCAAAUUUCUACUUUCAUCAAUUGGUGUUGCCCAAUUAUUAAAAUAUCUAGUUGGUUAUGCUAUGUAAGGAUGUGACAAUAAACCAAAGAUAUAAAACGACUGGAUUUCAAACUAAACCAGUGAAAUAAAAUGCCUGAAAGCAAUCUGUUCACAUGUGAAAAAAACUGCGUGCGGAAAAAGAGUUUUGAAAUUUUGCUGUCUCGCUUAUUUGGCCUCUGAGUGUAAUUUUCAUAUUUUGGAUGAAAAUAAAAAAUUUCAUUUUUCUGACCUUAGAAAUAAUGUGCAUAU